AAGGUAAUAUAAGUAGGGACAAAAGCAUAGAUCUAAUCAUCUCAAAGCACACUCAAAUCAUUCUAUUACCAUAGAAUCAUAACCAUCCAUAGUCACCAAUAUCAGAACAAAAUGUCUUCUUCAGGGAUUAAUCUAGAAAACUUUCUAAUUCCACUGAAGGAGAUCCACUUGGCCACCCAAAAAUUCAGUCCUAUGAGUCGCAUGGGAUAUGACGGAUUUGGUGCAAUCUACAAAGGACAACUCUCAGGACAUUGGCAAAACCGAAUGGCUACCUUCAAACGCUUUGAUCCCACGGGUCCUGGAGGAGAAGACGUGUUCGUUACUGAAGUGCAGAUGAGGGCGAACUUCAACCAUGAAAACAUUACCGCUUUCAUUGGCUACUGUGAAGAAGGCAAUGAGAAGAUUAUAGUUUCGGAAUACUCUCUAAAUGGAAGCCUUGAUGCAUAUCUCAAAGACCCCAAUAAGAGACGUUCCCUAACAUGGGUACAACGCCUCAUGAUUUGCAUAAAGGCAGCAACAGGACUCCAGUACCUUCACUCGGGUCUUGGGGAGAAUAACCAAGUAAUUCACAGAGACGUGAAAAGCGCAAAUAUAUUGUUAGGUGACAAUCUGGAAGCAAAAGUAUGUGGUUUUGGUUUGUCGUUAUUACUCGACCAAAAUCAGCCACAAUUGUACAAACGUGCAGCUGGGGGUACCAACUUCUACUUGGAUCCCAUUUACAAUGAAAGUGGCAUCGUUAGGAUAGAGUUAGACGUUUAUUCAUUUGGUGUUGUAAUGUUCGAGAUGUUGAGUGGGAUGUUGGCAAAUGAAAAAAGGAGCAUCAGUGAAAAUCAGCCACAAUCAUUGUUAAAUCUUGUCCGACGUUAUUAUGAUGAAGGACUGGAGGUCAUAAUUGAUCCUUAUGUAAGAGAUGACAUUAAUAUUCGUUCUUUCCGUGCGUUUAAGGAGAUUGCCUAUCAAUGCAUUAGUUGGAACUUAGGGAAUCGCCCUACGAUGGACAUGAUUAUCAAAAGAAUUGAGGAGGCCCUGAAUAUUGAAUUGAAGAAAACAACAUCUACAAUAAGCCGCCAACCUCCAAACCUGGAAAGUUUUCUAAUUCCAAUGAGAGAGAUCAUAUGGGCAACAAGUUACUUCAGUCCAGAAACUCGAAUUGCAGUUACCAGACAUGGUGCAGUGUACAAAGGACAACUCUCCCCAUUAUGGGAAAAUUGGCCGGUUGCCAUCAAACGGUUCGGUCAUCGAGAAGAAAACGAGUUCCUUUCAAAGAUAAUGUUGAUUUCUAGCCUCCAACAUGAUAAUAUCCAGCUUGAUGCAAAGAGGGACUUUACUAAUCACCUUCAGAUGAUGCCAAACUUCUACCAUCCAAAUAUCAUCACUUUCAUUGGCUACUGUAAUGAAGGAAAUGAGAUGAUUAUGGUUUCCGAAUUUGCUAAGAAUGGAAGCCUUCAUGCUUUCCUUGAAAAUUACGAUCAGAGGCGUUUUCUAACAUGGGCACUGCGCCUGGAGAUUUGCAUAGGGAUAGCACAAGGUCUUGAUUACCUUCACUGUGGUAAAGGGGAGGCUGGAAGAGUAAUUCACAGAGAUAUAAGUAGUGCAAAUAUAUUGUUAGAUUCGAAUUUGAAAGCCAAAAUUUCCGGUUUUGGUUUGUCAAUAUUAGUAGACCAAAAUCAGCCUCAAGAUGAUGUUGGGGCUUUAGGUAACGAAUAUUACUUGGAUCCAGUGUAUAAUGAAAGUGGUGUCGUCAACAUGGAGUUAGACAUAUACUCAUUCGGGGUAGUGUUGUUUGAAAUGUUGAGCGGAAUGUUGGCUUAUAAGAGAAAGCGCGUUGGGGGUGAUAAGCCAGAAAGACUCAUAAGUUUGGUCAGACGCUACUCUGAUGACAACUUAGAUUGCUUAAUUGAUGAUACCAUAAAAAAUCAUAUUAACAUUAAUUCCUUGCGUACGUUCAAGAAAAUUGCUUAUCGAUGCAUCAGUUUGAACUUAAGCGAUCGCCCGUCAAUGAAAAGGAUCAUUAAAAGAAUGCUGGAAGCACUACAAUUUCAAUACUCGGAAUCAACUUCAACCAUUACCACACCAAGCCACCGAUAUCAAAACAUAGAAACUUAUUUAAUUCCACUCAAGGAGAUCAAAUUAGCAACCCGAGACUUCAGUCAGGAAAUGCGGAUUGGAGGCGGUGGAUUUGGUACAGUCUAUAAAGGACAACUCGCUCAUCAACGCGUGCAAAAUUGUAUGGUUGCCAUCAAACGAUUGGAUCCCACAGGUCACCAAGGAAAGACCGAGUUUCUUACAGAACUGAAGUUGAUUUCAAGAUUCCACCAUCCAAACAUCAUACCUUUCGUUGGAUACUGUGAUGAAGGCAAUGAGAUGAUUACCCUGUACUAGUAUGCUAGCAAUGGUAGCCUUGAUUAUCAUCUUGUAAACUUGGAAAAAAAGCGUAACUUAACAUGGUUACUACGCCUCAAGAUUUCGUUAGGGGCAGCCAGAGGACUAGAUUACCUUCACACAGGUCUAGGGAAGGACAACAGGGUUAUACACAGAGACGUUAAGAGCGGCAACAUACUCUUAGAUGAAUAUAUGGCAGCAAAAAUUUGUGAUUUUGGUUUGUCAAAAGAAGGCCCAAGAAAUCAACAAGGUACCCAACUCUAUACAAAAGUUGCGGGUACCAACUUUUAUUUGGAUCCUGUAUACCAAGAAAGUGGCAUCCUCAGUAAAGAAUCUGACGUCUAUUCAUUUGGUGUUGUAUUGUUUGAACUAUUGAGUGGGAGGCCAGCUUACUGCCUAACAAGAUUUGUAGAUGGUAACCCACAGCCGCUGAUAAAUCUAGCCCGACGCUACCAUAAUGAUGGACCUGAGAAAUUAAUUGAUCCCCUUAUAAGAGAUCAAAUUGAGAGCCGUUGUUUCCAUACGUUUAUAGAAAUCGCAUAUAAGUGCAUAAGCUACAAUUCUCGGGAACGCCCCACGAUGGAUACAGUCAUUGAUGCGAUUGAGGACGCAACUGAUUUUCAAAUAAGUAAAAGGUAACUCUAUUUGAAACAACCGAAGGAAAAUUAGCAUGGUUUAUACAGUAUUAUAACUAUAUCGAACUAUGGGAUUACUAAUUUGAUUUUCAAUAGCUUUGCUGCUUUUGUAACGUUUAAUUAUUUUGAAGGAACUCUAUUUUGAGAGGCAAGUCAUGCAUUUAGGAAAGUAUAUUUUAUAUUUAAUAUAUAACAUGCGGGGCGUAUUAUCUAAUAUAGUUGUAUUAUACACAUGUUUUUGAUAACUCUUGUUUCAAAGUAUUUUUAAUCUUUUUCACCAUGUUAAAUUAACCAACAAUCAACCAAAAAUCCAACAAUCUAUGCAUUAUCUUUAGCUACUAAAACAUUAAAACAUAAAAAAUUUAUAUAGAUUACCUUAAACUUUAAAAUAAAAAAUACUAUAAUAAUUUAAUAUUUGUUUGUAUAUAUGUUACAAGGAUCAUUUGUUGUAGUAGAAAAAGACACACAUACUUUGAUGGUGAGUCAUCAUUGAGUAAUCUAUUGACUUUAUUAUAUAAUUGGCAAUAUGACUUAGAUCGAUAAUUAUUUUUCCAUUUUGUUUACGUCUUGAUAAUUUUUUUACAGAUGUAAAUAAAAAGCAUGUUAGAAGUCUUCAUAUAUAACCAUUUAUCAAUGGCCAUAGCAAGUUACGGUCGAUAAUAAUGGUCAUAUGUGAAUACAUCUAAAAAGUUCGUUAUCUUGAUUUGUAAAAAAAAAUUACUCAAAUGUAAACAAAAUGAAAAAAUAAUUAAUCUGAUAAUUCAACUUCAUUUUUUAUUAAGACGGUGGAUCAUAAUGUUUGCAAUAUUUAUAUAUUCAAUUAAAUGGUUAUAAUGUUUCCAAUAAAUUAGUUACUUAGAUAGGUACAAAAAGUGUUGAUUGAUAUCUUAAAUUAGUUAUUAGUAAGAGAUAAAUUUAUAUUAUUUAGCAAAACUACAGUGAAAUUUUCAAAAGCAUAUAAAUGAACUUAAUAUUAUAAGAAAUUAAAUUCAUGUUAUAUCACGAAGUAAUAUGUGUUAUAAUUGAUUUAAGAACAAAAUAAUAUUCAUACGAUGUAAAACUUUAAAAGUAUCCUAUUAACACCGAUCAAUUAUUGUUGGUAUCUUGUAGAAAAUAAGGUUUACCUACAAAGUUUCUACGAAAAGUGUUUGUUGGAAAAAGGGCGUAGGAAAUAAGGUUCCUACAAACUUCCAACAAAAUGUUUGACAUAUUUCCUACAAAAUAUUUGGUAGAAAAUUCUAACAAAUUUCUAACAAAAUUCCAACAAGGUUUCCCUAGGCUCCGUGACACCUUUUUUCCGACAUAAUUCCUACAAGACAAAAUUACAAAAAUGGUCCAUAUGGUUUGCCAAAAAUCACAAAGUCAGUCCCUGCUAAUUUUUUUUGACGAACAUGGUCCCUGUGGUUUCCAAAACUUGCAUCAAUGGCCCUUUUUGCUGACGCCGUUGCUGUUCAUCCGUUAGCGUAAGGGUAUUUUGGUCUUUUCAAGUAACAGGGACUGGGUUUGUGAACAAAACAUAAAAAAUAAAGAAAAAGAAAAACUCAAAUUUAUACCAGCACGUGCAUAAAAAUUAGUAAGAUUUUUUUAAGUUAACGAACGAAAGUUUAAAUAAUAAAAAAUAUAUAAUAUGUGACCCUAGUCAUAAGUACGAAACGUACAGAAAAUAAAGCACGAAAACGUUAAAAAAAUAUGUUUCGCAAAACGUUUUGGUGCUUAUUUUAUGUAUGUUCCUACGUAUAAGUUUGUUCACAUAUAAUAGAUAAAAGUGUAAUUAUAAGCUUGAAUUUUGUAAGUUGAAUUUUGGUGAUUAUAGUCAUAAAAUUGCAUUUCGACGUAAAAAAACAUGAAUUAAAAAAACAUGUACAUAAAAAUAAGCAUGAAACAUAAAUAAAAUAAAAAAUUAUGUAACGACCGAAAAAUACCACAAAUUUUAAAAUUUUCAAAACAUCUCGAUUCCAUUAAAUCUUUACAAAAAGGUUUUCAAUACAAAACAUUUAACGUGUUCCCAGAAUCACAUUACUACAAAAUCAUGAGGAGCAGUACGAUCACGCCUUCGCCUUGCCACGAUCUCCUGAAGAACCUGAAAAACAUAAAACCACAAGUGUAAGCCCGAAAGCUUAGUGAGAUAUCCCCAAAAUACCAACCACAAAUACCAUACACGCAUAUCAUGCCACAACAUAUCAAGUCACCGAACAGCCAUGCACUUCGGGCCUACUGUGUGACUGGUCCGCCGCACCGGCCUACAGUCCACCUGGUCCACCCUCUGAGUCUAUCCACAUACAUCGAGUAUGCAGUGUGAUUGGUCCACCCGCUCCCGGGCCUUCCAUCCACCUGGUCCACUCUCUGAGUCUACAGUAUGACUGGUCCGCCGCACCGGGCCUUCAGUCUGUCUGGUCCACUCUCCGAGCCUUCGGCACGUCUGGUCCGCCCUCAUGGGGCCUACAGCCUAUCCGGACCGCUCGCUGGGCCUUCGGAACAACCGGUCUGCCCUGGGUAUCUUGGCCUACAGCACACAGCAGGACCCGCCUCAACCCAACUCCAGUCCAAACAACCAUGUGCACAUAUACAAACAAUCAUAUAGCAAUUCACAGUCAACAAGCAGAUCAUCAGAUCACAUAUCCUACCACCAUCCUAACCAGGAUAUCGACCUAACAGGUCAAUAGCAUAGCACCUCCCUAUCUCUCAGGAUACCGAUCUCAAUCAGGCCUCUAACAUAUACCAUCCUAACUCUCAGGAUGCAAACAUAUCACAGCAACAACAUAACAAUAACAUAGCAACAACUAUCCGAAUCUCAAUCCGAUAAGGGCCGGCCUUGGUGCCUUAGACCCUGUUGAUAUAGUGAGGAUAACUCACCUCGAAACUGUCGACUGAACAGAUAACCCAAGCUGCUCCGAUCUCUGAUACAAUCUCCACCACUGGACAACCACCAAUGCACUGAACUCAAAAUAAUAAUCAACAAUUACCAAAAUGCCCCUGGAAACCACUGGUCAACCCUUGGUCAAAGUCAACCCCUGACCGACUCUACUCGCCGAGUCAACCCGAUGACUCGCCGAGUUCCCAUAAUCAGAACUUCACUCAAUCCGCGACCUAACUCAUCAAGUCACCUCGAGACUCGCUGAGUCCAAUAACUCUGAGUCCAUUCGCACACAACUCACCGAGUCAUCCCUUGACUCACCGAUUCUCGACUCAACCAUGAAAUAUUGGGACUCUUCGACAAGACUCGCCGAGUCCAAGAACAGACUCGCCGAGUCUAAGGCAAUCUUCAACCUACUUGCCAAGUUGUUCAUACAACUCGCCGAGUCCCAGGCCAUCUUCAUCCGACUCGCCGAGUUAUUCUUCCAACUCGUCAAGUUCCAGCUCAUCUUCAAGCAACUCGUCGAGUACACCCAUGUGACUCGCCGAGUACCACCGGUCUGAAUCCAUACAAAAGCAUUCCAGGCCAUGCAGUUGAUCCAAAACGUAGAUCUAGCCUCCUACAACUCAUCCAUCACGUAAAGUGGCAAACUUUAUGUGAAUCCAAAGAGAUCUAUGCAUUUUGCACAUUAGGGCUAAGGUUUGGGACAAGAUAGCUUCAUCCAACACUCAAAACAGGGACUUUCAUGCAUUCCAACUCUCCUCCAUUCCAGAUCUGAGGUAGCAACCUCAGAUCUAACCUCUAACUCCAAUCCAUCCAAGGAUAAGCUCCCCACAAACCCCGAAAAUGAAGAAUCUAGACAAUAACAGCUCAAACAAUGGAAAGAUACCUCAAAAGGAAGCUCCAAGAGAAUAUUAUCCCGAAUCCUUGCAAUGCCCUCUGAUCCAAGCCUCUUCUUCUAUAAGAUCUCUUCAACAACCACCUCUCCAAGCUCCAAUUUGCUCAACAAUGGGGCUUCUCCACGAAAUUAGGGUUUCUGUGACUCAAGGGGUGAUAAGGAGGCUGGGGAGGAAACAUAAUGUUUUUUUUAUAGGGCUUAACCCCGAGAAGUAGGGUUUCCUCCACUCAGCGCCUACUCGCUGAGUCCACCUCACUGACUCGCCGAGUCGACUACUUAACACGCGACCAAGUCGCGACUCUACUCACCGAGUCCACCCAUGGACUCGCCGAGUCGCUCUUUCCGAAAUUUACUCUUUUAGCCCUUCAACUUUACUCUUGAUAUUUCGGGAUGUUACAAUUCUCCGCCACUUAAAUUAGGCUUCGUCCUCGAAGCCUACAGCAACUCAACUCCAAACAUACUCCCACAACGCGCCACCUGGCCUUAACCGGACCAGGUCCCUCAAGGCAUACCCAUCAAACUCAAACUCACUUUCUCUUCCCUUGCGGUGUCCUGACCACCGUCUCAAACCGGGCACCGGUUUCACCCUCAGAUAACCACCCUCAACAACCGAGAAUUAUCCAUGAUGCAACACUGCUCCAAUUCACAACCAUCACUCGACCCAUAAGGACUAGAAAACCAUGAACCAUCAGAUCCCCGAUCCGAAUCCCACUCUAUCCAUUCCAUGACGACGAAAAGACCCAUUCUCUAUCUCAGAGCAACUCCCACGAGUUCUCCUCUUGCAAUCACAUACACAUGCUGAACUAGCUCUAGCACCCUCAGGUUGGGAAAACCAGAUACACUGAUGAUAUCCUUAAACAUCCCCCAGGAUGAACCACUAAUACAUAUCCAAUACCCUGAUCAGAAUCACACUGAGAGGCUAAGACUCUCUCCCUGCAUCCCUUCCGAGCCUCUUGGCUCUACACUUGCGGAAUUCCCUCCGCGACCUCAGCAGUCAUCCCAAAUCGGAUGAGCUUCUAUUCCACUGUCGCAAACACUCUACUCAAAACCAUACUCGAAUUACUCUAAUCAUAACUCUGCUCUGUCGCUUUCACUUCCGUGAACUUGCACUCCCUCUCGGAGUUACUCAUCUCUCUCUUUUCUUUUACCAAGGAAUCCACUCGGCCACAUUAUCACUCCGACAAGUGCCACGGUGCUCGCCCAACUCUACACCACCCUUUUAUAGCGUAUCCGCUAUCUAUCCAACACACAUACUCUGACUCUCAUCACAAGGACUCUCAAGUCCAUGCACAAUCUCAACUAAUCAAGAUCACUACCCGGGGCCAGACCUUCUAAUGAAAUCACACCGCAACAUACACAAUCCAUAUCCUCGAACCGAUCCAACAACACCUGCAGAGUCUUCAGCAUGACUGGACCGCCUCACCAGGCCUUCAGCCAAUCUGGACCACUCUCAGAACCUUCAGCCAAUCUGGACCGCUCUCAGUGCCUUCAGUUUGGCUGGACCGUUCUCCGAGCCUUCGGCCUGACUGGUACGCCUACCGGCCUUCAGUCUAUCCGGACCGCUCAACUAGCAUUCAUCAUUCCUAGCUAUCACUCUCGGAAAUCCUCCCAUGCGUACUGUUCUAGCCCUUUAAGGGUUCCAAACUCUGUCUCAAUCGCACAUGCUUGAUCCCGGCCUGCUCCCAGGCCCUCCACAAUCAAAUGCCCUAGGUCUGAAUCCCGCCCCGCAUGCCCGACACUCGCUCCUAUCAGCCUAUACUCUGGGCUGACAGAACACUGCUGAAUCCCAACAGCUAAGCACCCUCAAAUACUCAUCGAUCUCCCAGAGAAUUCUCCAAUUCUCCCCCACUUGUAGUACUGAUUAACAACCACCGGUCGCCAUCAUUGACCUCCCAGAACAACUCUGCACAAAGAAAACACUUACACGUGGACUGCUUCCCACAAACAUAAACAACCUUAACGGGAUCUCACAUCAACACUGAUUAACCCGCUCGAAAGAAACUCAAUCUGCAUCUAACCACUCCUCAGAAAGCAGAUGCUACCCGGCCUUCAAACCAAUGCCAGGUUUCCACUAUUAACCCUCAAGAAUGAUAACCAACGAAACUCCCAAAACAAUAACCCAUAACCAAACCACAACCCGCAAAACGACGAAUACCGCAACGAAAACCACACAAAGAUACAAGCACAUAAAGAAUACACCACAAUAAUAACAAGAUAACAAGAUAUCGAGAAAGAAACAUACCUGCAGCUGCAUCUGGCACUGCCCUGACCUCCUCUGCUACAAGCUGAAAAGCACGACCCUGAGCCCUUGGGGGCUCCGCUCCACCCUGACCUGCACCUGCAAUCCUCAAAGUGGCCGGUGCUGGAGCCUGCACCGGUCCUGCAGCAAGCUGUGGACAGUUGACCCUCAAAUGUCCAACCUGAUGACAAUGAUAGCAAAUCCUCAAAUCCCGAACUAGCGCUGACUGCCAACAAUCCCUCGCAUAGUGCCCCUCCUUUCCGCACUUGCGGCAUGCACCACCGGACCUACAAACCCCGGUGUGACCCCUCCCACACUUCCCACAAGUGUGGCUGCUCAUAUCCCCCACUCUAGCAUCAACGGUCUUGGACCAUUUUGGCGCCGGCUGCGACUGCACCGGAGCCUGCCUCAGCUCACACAACUGCAACUCAAUCUCUAACUCACGCCGCCUAGAGGCCUCCUGCAACUCCAACAAUGUCCCGCACCUCUGCACAGACACAAACUGCCUGAUGUCCCUCUUGAGCAUAAUCAGAUAUCGGGACAUCUGAGCCUUCUCCGAAGCGAACUCAGGGCAAAACAUCGCCCUCUCAGUGAACAUCCUGCUGAUCUCUGUCACUGACUCCGAAUCCUGCUUCAACUCAAGGAACUCCUGAGCCAACCUCUCCCUCUCAACCUGCGGAACAUAACAAGUGAUGAACAUUUCUCUGAACUGAUCCCAUGAAACCACAGCCCUCUGCGUAUCCGAAUAUGACCCCGUGGUCAAUCUCCACCAAUCCUUCGCCCCGAGCCUCAACAGGUUCAGAGCACACCUCACCCUCUGAUCAGCAGGGCAUGAACACGUGAAGAAACACCCCUCCACGUCUGAUAACCAUCUCAUAGCAAUGAUCAGGUCCUGAACUUCAUCGAAGGUGGGAGGCUUCGUAUUAGCGAAGUCCCGAUACUGAAAGCCCCGACCAGCUCCUCCCCCUGCCGCCGCUACAGCCGUUGUAGCCGCCGCGGCAGCCGUCUCUGCGAGAGCCGCAUAGCGCUCAUCAAAAUACUCAACCAUUGCGGUCUUGAUCGACCCAAACAACUCUGGCAACUCAGCCCAGAACAACUCAGCAAUCUCAUCACGCAGGAUCUCACGAAUCCUUGCAUCCAACUCGCUGGUGCACAUCUGAUCGAUAACCUCGGGCGGCGCCGAUCCGCCCAGAACUCUCUCUCCAGCUCCCGAUCCUGAUCCGGAUCCACUGUCAUCAUGCCUCGGAAUCUCCAUUCUGAAAAGUACCAUACAAAAACUCAGACUCUUCCCACUAUCCUGGGAUCCAACUCUCUCAACCCCACCCUAGAGAUCAUGGUUUCCCUGAUAUGCGUAUGGGUCCUGUGAUUUCAGUAGUACGGGCCCAUACUACCUUCCACACCUACCCAUAUUUGUAUGAAGUACUACCACAACACCCUAGAAAAACAUGCAUAAUAAUGCUCAACCCUCACCACUAGAGGAACACUGAAAAUCUCCCAUAAGGAACCCUAGGCUACAUGCAUCACAAAUCUGGAAACAUAUCAUGAAAUCCUGAAGAUCCCUAGCCUAUCACUAGCAUGUUGUUCUAUCAAAGCUCAAAAACAAAUAACAUUGAUAGUUAGUUUUGUUUACUUCUUUUUAUAGUUUAUUUUAGCAUAUUUCAUUCAUAAUUUAGAUAAUUUCCAUGCAUAUUUUCCAUUUUGUUAUUUUAUGACUAUUUCGGGUACUUUCGAAUCUUGUGAGCAUAAUUGCAGGUUUUCGGGUCUAGCAGAGCGGGAGUGUUCGGGACGUAUGGGAAGCGAUGAGAUUUGAUAGGCAAAAAUGAUGUUAGGCUUGGUGAUAUGUUGGAGAUGAUGCAUGGAGCGAGCUUGAUGGUUAUUUGAAGGUUUGGAGAGAAAUAAACUUUAAAUUUGCAAAACGCGGGAGUUUAUUCGAGCGUGCGUAGAUUAUUAACCGGGCGAGUUUGGAGGAUUUAGAGAGGCCAAAUUGGGAUUAAAAUGAAUAAAAACUUGAAGAAAAUGGGCUAGGAGGUGAUUGGAUUCGAUCUGGGCUAGUGGGACAUGCUUUGGAGGCCCAAAAUCUCAAAGAAGCCCAUGUCAGGCACCACCCGCGCAACCCACCCGCGCAGCAGCACGCGGGUCGCGCAACCUCCUGCAGGGGCAAUUUCGGAAAUCCAUUUGGAAGGCUAUUUGAGGAAGGUUGGUGCCCAUCUUUUGGGGACUCUUGGACAUCCGAUUUUUGGAGAUUCUCUCUGGAGUUUUGAAGACUUUUGAAGGCCAAGAACACUUGAAGAACAUCAUAUUUUUACCUCUUGAUUCUUGCUUAAUGUUUGGUACAAUUUUCUCUAACUUUGUUUCUUUGGGUUUAGCCAUGCUUGGCUAAACUAAUCUUGGUUGACUUUUGGUUAAUCCUUUGAACUUUUGUUGAAUGUUGAAGAACCCAUGAACAUGUUCUUAAAUCUUUAUGGGAAUGUUUUGUGUUUUAACAUCUUA